CUCAAUUCCUUUUCAUUCUCCUGCGAUACGUCUAUAGGUAAUUGACACUUGAAUCCCAUGCAUGCAUUUCUAUCUCUGACAGUCACGUUCACCGAUCAUUCUUAAUCAUCUACGCACGGAUGCCGCUAAUUCAUUUCGUACGCUAGAUACCAACAUAACCUAACCUCUCUAUUUAACGCCACCGAUAACGCUGUAUGCAAAAGACCCCCUGCUUACUAUAUCUCACGCGUAGACUAGGCGGUUUUCGGCUACCCAGGUCAAGUAUCAAAAUGGACGUCCCAAUCACCUCUGACAUAAUGAUCAUCGGUGGGAAUUCCCAUCCUGAACUCGCCAUGCUGAUCGCCAACCGACUUGGGGUGAAGAGCGGAGGCUGUUCGGUCUACCAUAAAACGAACAGGGAGACCAUGGUAGAAAUCGGAGACUCUGUACGAGGUAAAGAUAUUUACAUAAUACAAACCGGAUCCAAGGACGUCAACAACAAUAUCAUGGAACUACUGAUAAUGGCCUACGCCUGCAAGACAUCAUCGGCAAAGAAUAUUGUCGGUGUUAUUCCAUACCUACCGUAUUCCAAACAGUGCAAAAUGCGAAAACGAGGAUGCAUUGUGUCCAAGCUGCUUGCCAAGAUGAUGUGUAAAAGCGGUUUGACCCAUAUCAUCACUAUGGACCUACAUCAAAAGGAGAUUCAAGGCUUCUUUGAUUGUCCGGUAGACAAUUUACGCGCCAGCCCAUUUCUUUUGCAGUAUAUCCAAGAAUGCAUUCCAGAUUACCGUAACUCGGUAAUAGUAGCGAGAAAUCCAGGCAGUGCUAAAAAAGCGACAAGCUAUGCCGAACGACUCCGUCUCGGUAUUGCUGUGAUUCACGGAGAGCAGAGAGAAUCCGAAUCAGAUAUGAACGACGGUCGGUAUUCCCCACCUACCGUCGUCCCUUCGCGUACAAUGGAGGUGGGAGUCGGAGUCCCGGUGCAUCCGGCUAAAGAGAAGCCACCGAUCAACGUGGUAGGAGACGUUGGCGGACGUAUUGCUAUCAUGGUGGAUGACAUGGUCGAUGAUGUACAAUCGUUUGCCGCUGCAGCUGAAGUUCUAAAGGAGCGGGGUGCAUACAAGAUAUAUGUACUCGCUACUCAUGGUCUCCUUAGUUCAGAUGCUCCCCGUCUUAUCGACGAAUCGCCAAUCGACGAAGUUGUUGUUACUAACACGAUUCCCCACGAGCUGCAGAAGAUGCAAUGUCACAAGAUAAAGACUGUAGACAUCAGUAUUUUGCUUGCUGAAGCGAUACGACGCAUCCACAACAAAGAGUCUAUGUCUUACCUCUUUAAAAAUGUCACCUUGGAGGACUAGGAAAGAGAAUAGCACCAAAUCAUGAUUCAAAUAUUACUACCGGAUGUGGGACGUGAAAGGAGGAGGCCGAGCUUUCAUAGAACUCCUAAUGUUCCAAUUAUUCGAAUAAACUUCAGUUACGAGCAAGAAUACGAAGGUACAAACGUCUGCAAGAAUUUUCGCAAACUACUAAGUGGGUCCGAAAGUACUCCGACGAGUUUCUUUCGGUUCGUUUUUUAUUCUAUUUUUAUACUCUCAAAAUUAUGAUGAAUGUGUUUGAAACAUUAAUUUUCCGCUUAUAGAUUCAAACGUUGUUUAUGUAAUUAACUUUUCACAAUAUAUCGAUACAGACAGAGGGAAAAAAUGAAGUAAGUGGACAGGAAAGAUGAUAUUUACGGUGUCAUAAUUAUGACAUUUUCGCUCAUACAAACGACCGAAACGUUCUUAUGCCGAGCUGCUGUUACAGCUCCAGUACGUAAAUCAAAGUAAACGAAAAAAUAGCUUACGUCAUAUGAACUGUCCAUAAAAACUUUGGUACACGUAUCAGAACUUUGAAAAUAUACUCCCAAAGGAGCUUACGUUAAUGAACUGUCCAUAAAAACCUUGGUACACGUAUCAGAACUUUGAAAAUAUAUUCCCAAAAGAGCUUCUCUCCUAGGUUUGGGGUUUCAGCGAAAGUCCAACCAGCUAGCCUCCUCUUGUAAAUUCGAGAAAAAUUACACAUUGCAUUGCAUUUCUUAUGCAUACUCAUAUCGAUCAUCCUAAAUUUUCAAUCUGUGUCUGUGAAUAUCUUUAUUUGCGCCUACACCAAUCACAGUUGAAAUUAGAUGUGGUUUAUGUUUUAUUUUUAGAUGUAGCCUUCUAUUGUCUAUAACCUAAUUGUAGCUGAGAUGUACCGCAUUUUAAAGGAAUAUCUUGUAGAACCAAUAAUAAAUAUAUGUCCUCCUAC